AUGUCGGUGAUACGGUCCGGAAUAGGCGGGGUUAGUCCAACAAGUAGUACUACUACGUCUGCUCUUCAAUCUACGGUAUCUAAUGAAUGGCUUGUCGCCGUUGCUUUGAUAUUGUUCAUCAUACUGCUAGUGGUGAUCACCCUGCAGUGCCGACGACGACGAAAUGGUCUAGUUCGCAGUAAUCGGGCAUACAAUAUAAGGAAAAGUUUAAAUAUGGAGCAAAAUGAUGGCGAAGAUGAGGACGACUUACUGAUAGGGUCACUUUAUUCCUAA